AAAAAAAUUUUCAAACCCUCACACGCGAGGAAAAAAUUUUGCUUCUCUGCUGUCUUCUCCUACUCGUUUUUUCACUCUUCAAGCGAACAACUCCACAAGUUUCACACAAGAAAGCAAAGGGAUCACAUAAAGUCCAACUAGAAGAACCAUACCACAAGUUCAUCUAACUUCACUUUCUUUGUUAUAAAAAAAAAUCCAAAAAAAAUUGAAAAACCCUUCAAAAAACCCUUCAAUAGACCAUUCUUAAAAGGCCACACAGAGUAGACCAAUAUAUACUCGUUGAAUCCAUUUUAAGUCAGAAACCAUACACACAGUUCAAUUUUGUCCGUGUCGAUCUCCAUCAAAUUUAGAAACAAUGUCUGCUGAACAAAUUGAAAAGACCACUCAGGAGCUUGAGGCCUUGAAAGUUGAGGAGGAGUCCCCAGUCGCUCCAUCUGAAACCACCGAGAAGUCUGAGGAGCAAAGCUCCACCCCAGCUGUCGGUGCUUCUCUGUACGUUGGUGAAUUGGAGCCAAAUGUGUCUGAAGCCACUUUGUUCGAGGUGUUCACCGCCAUCGGACCAGUGUCCUCUAUCCGUGUCUGUCGUGAUGCUGUCACCAAGAGAUCAUUGGGUUACGCCUACGUCAACUUUGACGAUCCAAAGGAUGGCCAAAAGGCCAUUGACGAGUUGAACUACUCUCCAGUCAACGGCCGUCCAAUGAGAAUCAUGCUCUCCCAACGUGACCCAUCGUUGAGAAGAUCUGGUGCUGGUAACAUUUUCAUCAAGAACUUGGAUGCUGCUAUCGACAACAAGGCCUUGCACGACACAUUCUCCACCUUUGGUAGAAUUCUCUCUUGUAAAGUCGCCACUGACUUGGAUGGUAAGUCCAAGGGUUUCGGUUUCGUCCACUAUGAGACUGCCGAGGCUGCUGAGGCUGCCAUUGAGGCGGUUAACGGUAUGGACUUGAACGGUCAAAUCGUUUACGUCGCUAAGCACUUGUCCCGUGAGGAGCGUGAAUCCAAGGCUAACGCCAUCGAGGAAACCUUCACCAACGUUUACGUCAAGAACAUUGACCUCGAGGCUACUGCUGAGGAAGUUGAGGAGUUGUUCAAGCCAUUCGGUGCCAUCACCUCCUUUGUCUUGCAAUCUGAUGCUGAAGGUAAGUCCAAGGGUUUCGGUUUCGUCAACUUUGCUGAGCACGAGUCUGCUACCAAGGCCAUUGAGGAGUUGAACGAUACCGAAUUCAAGGGUAAGAAGUUGUACGUUGGUCGUGCUCAAAAGAAGUACGAACGUCGUGAGCAAUUGAAGAAGAAGUAUGAUGCUUACCGUGCUGCCUCUUUGACCAAGUCACAAGGUGUUAACUUGUUCAUCAAGAACUUGGACGACACCAUUGACGAUGACAGAUUGCGUGAGGAGUUCUCCCCAUUCGGUACCAUCACCUCUGCCAAGGUUAUGCGUGAUGAAGCUGGUAAGUCCAAGGGUUUCGGUUUUGUCGCUUUCACCUCUCCAGAUGAGGCUUCCAAGGCUCUCAGUGAGAUGAACCAACACAUGUUGGUUAACAAGCCAUUGUACGUUGCUUUGGCUCAAAAGAAGGAGGCUAGACGUUCCCAAAUCCAACAACAAAUCAUGGCUAAGAACCAAAUGAGAAUGCAACAAGCUGCUUCUGGUAUUCCAGGCCAAUUCAUUCCACCAGUCUUUUACGGUCAACAACCAGGUGUUUACCCACCAAGAGGUCCAAUGCCAGGUCAAUUCAUGAUGCAAGGUAUUCCAAGACCAGGUCAAGGUAUUCCACCACAAGGUCAAUGGGCUGGUCGUCAAAUUCCAAACGGUAUGUACGGUCCACCACAAUUCCAGGACUACAGACAAGGUCAACGUGGUUUCAACAACCGUGGAGGUAACAGAAGACAAAACCGUGAGGAUGUCAGUGCCAACUUGGCUCAAGCCCUUGCCAACGCUCCAGAAGACCAACACAAGAGAAUCCUCGGUGAGGAGCUUUACUCUAAGGUUGUUGCCACCGGUAAGGCUCAAGACCCAGAAUCUGCUGGUAAGAUUACCGGUAUGCUUCUCGGCUUGGAGAACGAUGAGAUCAUCUCCUUGUUGGGUGAUGAUGACUUGUUCAAGCAACACUUUGACGAUGCUCUUGAGGCUUAUGAGGAGUUCAAGCAAAACGAGCAACAACAAGCUUCUCCAGAGGCUGCUGAAGAGACUGCUCCAGCUGCUGCUGCUGCUGCUCCAGCUGAAUCUGCUUAAAUGCUAGAUUCCGUUGGAUAUGAAAUUGAAUUGUGUCAUUGAUAGGGUUAAAUGCCAAACGCAUUUGGACCUAUGUUUGUGUAUUUUCUUCUCUUGUCAUCGUUGAAAUUAUGGUUUCGUUUCAUCGAGUGUAUUGAUGGGUUCAUGGUUUAACUUUUGUAUCUGUGUUUUUUUGAAUGAAGACUUUUCUCUCAACAGUUGGUAAAGCUGUCGAGAUGAUGUGCAUGUCUUUUGGCUAAUU